CAUUUUUUCACCUUCAAAGAAGCGACCAAAAAAAGGUCAAAAGGUCACCGCAAUUCAACUCCCUCCUUCACCCAUUCACUCCCCUCAUUUUCCUCCCACCGCAACAACACAAUACCACCACUACCUUCUCCCUCCUCAUCCCUCCAAUCCCAUCAAUACCGCCAUCAUGGGCAGUGCUCCAGCUCAAAAGUUCAAGGUCGCAGACAUCUCACUGGCUGCCUUUGGCCGUCGUGAGAUCGAGCUCGCCGAGAUUGAGAUGCCUGGUCUAAUGGCUAUCCGACAGAAAUAUGCUGCAGACCAGCCUCUUGCCGGUGCCAGAAUCGCUGGCUGCCUUCACAUGACCAUCCAAACUGCCGUCCUUAUCGAAACCCUGAAAGCUCUCGGUGCAGAAGUCACCUGGUCCUCUUGCAACAUCUUCUCCACACAAGACCAUGCCGCAGCUGCGAUUGCUGCAGGUGGCACUCCCGUCUUUGCCUGGAAAGGAGAGACCGAAGAGGAAUACGAAUGGUGCUUGGAGCAACAACUGAAGGCUUUCCCUUCAGGAAAGAGCUUGAACCUCAUUCUCGAUGAUGGUGGUGAUUUGACCGCCCUGGUCCACAACAAAUACCCAGAGAUGCUCAAGGACUGCUACGGUAUAUCAGAAGAGACUACAACUGGUGUCCACCAUCUCUACAGAUCGCUCAAGGACAAGAAGCUCAUGUGCCCCGCAAUCAACGUCAAUGACAGCGUCACCAAGUCCAAGUUCGACAACUUGUACGGCUGCAGAGAAUCCCUUGUCGAUGGUAUCAAGCGUGCCACCGAUGUUAUGAUUGCUGGCAAGAUUGCCGUCGUAGCAGGCUAUGGUGAUGUCGGCAAGGGCUGCGCUCAAGCUCUUCACAGCAUGGGUGCCCGCGUGCUCGUCACCGAGAUUGACCCCGUCAACGCCCUCCAAGCUGCUGUCUCUGGCUUUGAAGUCGUCACCAUGGAUGAUGCCGCUUCCCAAGGCCAGAUUUUCGUCACCACCACUGGUUGCAGAGACAUCAUUGUUGGGAAACACUUCGAAGCCAUGCGUAACGAUGCUAUUGUCUGCAACAUUGGUCACUUCGACAUUGAGAUCGAUGUCGCCUGGUUGAAGAAGAACGCCAAGGAGGUUACAAACAUCAAGCCUCAAGUCGACCGAUACACCAUGCCCAGCGGUCGUCACAUCAUCCUCCUCGCCGAAGGUCGUCUGGUCAACCUUGGUUGUGCCACUGGUCACCCUUCCUUCGUCAUGUCCUGCUCUUUCUCCAACCAAGUCCUUGCUCAGAUCCUGCUCUACAAGGCUGAGGAUGAGGCCUUUGGCAAGAAGUACGUUGAGUUCGGCAAGACUGGCAAGAAGGAAAUUGGUGUCUACGUGCUGCCCAAGAUCCUGGACGAGCAGGUCGCCCUGCUUCAUCUGGAGCACGUCAAUGCCAAGUUGACCAAGCUUACCCCUGUUCAAGCCGAGUACCUGGGCUUGGAGGUGGAGGGUCCUUUCAAGUCGGACAUUUACCGAUACUAGAUCUCAUCCGUGUACAGUCUCGCAUUGUUAACGCAUUUCGUACCGGCGUCAGGUCUUCGGGGUUGUUCUUAUGCUCAACGCAUAGAAUAAGAGGGACAUGGUUCAUUGGACGGCAAAAGAAUUGCAACUUCUCAACGACUUCAACGAGGGGAAAAUGGCGGGAAUGAUGAUAUGACAGACACGACAAAAGUUCAGUGUCUUUCUUGACCUCUUGAGCCAGCGUACAAGAGGUAGAUGAGGAGAAUUACGUCCUUCAACGGACGAUGUUGAAGAGCUUCAUCAGCUUUUCAGAAGAUACCCCGGAUAGAUAGCAAGAAUAAACAUUUGCUAAUACAACCACACGA